UGUCUGUCAGUGCUCUGCCUCUGCGCGUUCGUUCAGCUGGCGUUUCGAUUAACGAGUUCCGUGUGUUUCGAAGUUUGUUUGCAUGGCGAGUGCGCGCAUCCAAACGUCAGGCAGCCAGUCAGCUAGCCAGCGUACAAUUGAUCCGCAUAAAAAUAGUGAAAAACGUGCGUGAAUACCAGCGGCUCAUCUGCCGUGCCUUAACCGUAGUUGUUUGGCUUGACGCAAAGACAAGCAACUAUAACGGUGUACUCAAUACAGAAUGACUAAAAAAAAUUAACAAAAAUUAUGAAAAAUUUAUAAAAACCAAUUUCUAAUAAGAAAAAAACUCGAGAAAUCACUGAAAGGCAAUAAAUCGUAGCCAAUAAAUAAAAGUGUAAACUAGCAAAUGAGAGAAAAAAAUUAUAUAUAAAAAAGAAACCCGAAAACACACACACAGGAGGUGAACGAAAAGUUAUGUGUAAAAAUCACAAAAAAAUCGGCAGCUAAGCAUACAUACAUACAUAUAUAGCUGCAGAUUUCCAACGCUGAUAUAGCGAAAAAGGUGGCGCAGAGUCAAAAGAAAAAAAAUAACAACAAAAAGUAUAUAGCAAAUACAACAAUAAAGCAACCUCAGAUGCUGUGAAGUGCAUUCAGUUAAUACAAAAAAAAAAAAAAUAAAAUAAAAAAUAAAAAAAAAAUUAUUUGCCCAAAGACACAACACAUACAACGCAUAUAAACAUACAUACAUACAAUUAAACACUGGAAUUGUAUAAUGUACAACGAGCCAGUUUGUAGAGAAGUGAAAUAAGUUGGAAUUUGCACCUUUUUUGCUGCAUUGCUGGCGCAGCAUCAACGUCAGCGUUCAACAGCAACAGCGCUGCUAUCGGUAUCUGGUAGCAGUCGCCGCCGCGCCCUUUUCUAAGCGGCGUUUUGUAGGAAGGAUCAGCAGCAGCAGCAGCAGCAACUUAUUGAAAACGUAGUCAAAACGGCGACCAUAACGAAUUCCUCGGCGUUAGCGAUGAGCCAACUGGGCACCGUCUACGCGACAAAGCGUAGGCGACGCAAUGGCAAAAGUUUAAAACCACCGCCCAAGGAUGGCGUCACCAAAAGUAAUCCAUCGAAACGUCAUCGUGAACGCCUCAACGCCGAAUUGGAUUUGUUGGCUUCGUUGCUGCCAUUCGAACAGAAUAUUCUCAGUAAAUUGGAUCGACUGAGCAUUUUAAGGCUGUCUGUUAGUUAUUUAAGAACAAAAAGUUAUUUUCAAGUUGUUAUGCAUAAGGAUAAGGAGGAGAAUGGCAUGUUGCCACACAUACACACACACGCACAUGAUGGCUAUCGAACGCGAGAAUUGGGCGCUUUUGAGCAUGGCCUACUCGACGGUGAUAUGUUCCUACAGGCAUUAAAUGGGUUUCUAAUGAUUCUGACAUGCGAAGGUGAGGUCUUUUUUGCCACGCACAGCAUCGAGAGCUAUUUGGGUUUUCAUCAGUCAGAUAUCGUGCAUCAGUCCGUUUACGAGCUAGUCCAUUCGGAGGAUCGUGAAGAGCUGCAGCGUCAGCUGUUGUGGAAUUCUUUUCUACCCGCCGACAUGUCUACCAUACAAUUAGCCGAUACGCUGGCGCCCGAUAAGGCGCUCUACUUGGAGCGUAGCUUUACUGUACGAUUUCGUUGCCUGCUUGACAAUACUUCCGGAUUUCUGCGUUUGGAUAUACGUGGACGCAUCAAAAUCCUGCAUGGACAAAAUCGUAAAACCGAAGAGCCACCGCUGGCGCUCUUCGCCUAUUGUACGCCAUUCGGACCACCCAGUCUGUUGGAGAUACCACACAAGGAGAAUAUGUUCAAGUCAAAGCAUAAAUUGGAUUUCUCACUUGUCUCGAUGGAUCAACGUGGGAAGCAUGUCUUGGGUUACUCGGAUGCGGAACUAGUCAAUAUGGGCGGCUAUGAUCUAGUGCACUACGACGACUUGGCUUAUGUCGCUAGUGCGCAUCAGGAGUUACUGAAAACCGGCGCUUCCGGCAUGAUUGCGUACCGCUAUCAAAAGAAGAAUGGCGAAUGGCAAUGGCUGCAAACGAGUUCCCGCUUAGUGUAUAAAAACUCUAAGCCCGAUUUUGUAAUCUGUACGCAUCGCCAGCUGAUGGACGAAGAAGGACACGAUUUGCUGGGCAAACGUACAAUGGAUUUCAAGGUGAGCUACUUGGAUACAGGCCUUGCGUCCACCUACUUCUCGGAGGCGGAUCAGUUAGUGGUGCCGCCAAGCACAUCGCCAAAUGCGCUGCCGCCACCAGUGACACCAACGCGGCCAAAUCGACGCUAUAAAACACAAUUACGGGAUUUUCUCUCUACCUGUCGAACGAAACGCAAAAUGCAACAGCAACAGCCGCAGCAGUCCUCCUCAUUGGGACAGGUUCCUUCGCCGGCGCCCGUUGUGGAAUAUUUGCCAGAUCCCGCUGUAGCUGUCGCCGCCGCCUAUUCGAAUCUCAAUCCCAUGUACACAACCUCGCCCUAUGCAACCGCUGCGGAUAACAUUUACAUGGGCACCUCGGUACAUUCGACCAAUUUCUAUCCAGUCACGGAGAAUCUCUUCCACCAGUAUCGAUUGCAGGGUGUGAGUAGCUACUACACGGAUUAUCAUCAUUCGGGCGCGCCUGCUUCGGCUUAUGUCACUAACGGUUUCCUGCCCUAUGACGGCUACACAAUUGCACCGAAGGAUGACAAGUGGCAGGAUACGGGGAAGUACUAUAGCGGCUAUAGUAGUGGAUAUGGCAGUCCCACAUCGACACCACAGCAAGUUCCGCUGAAGACACCCAAGUCCUCGCCGCACAUCAUGGAAGUAGUGUCGUGCUCAUCGGAUGGACCAUCACCGAUUGAUGGCAGCACUGCCGUCGCUACUGUGCCAGCACAUGCGGUGAGUGUGGUGAAUAGCAAUGCGAAUAUUACAGUUAAUGGCAGCAGUAGUGGCGGCGGUAGUGCAACACCGAAACUCGAGCUAGCGGCGACUCAACACGAUCCGUACGAGCGACAAACCGUGCUGAUGUGGGGUUCGCAAUCCAGCGGCAUACCGAUCAACAGCAUUGGUGGGGGUAGUAGUAGGCGCCAUCACAGCAAUGCUGAACGUUCGCCGCAAACCACGCCAUUAACAAAUGGACUUAGCUAUACCAACAACAACAACAACGAAAACGAUGUGGUAACCGCGAAGUGGAAUGGCAACGCACGCACCAAAGAUAUCAAGAACGCCGCCACACCGGACAGUUAUCAACUGCAGCACGACGAUUCGGGCCUCUACUCAUCUUCCUCACACACCACUUCGCCGCAGCAGCAGCAACAGGUAGUGCCAACAAACCAACAACAGUCAACGCAACGACCCAGCGUCGGCAAUUCAGUGGCCGACCAGCAAAUAUCUAACAGCACAGCCGCACAUUUGGUGCACGCCCACACGCAACAACAGCAACAGCAGCACUUGCACGUCCACAUGCAACACGCGAACGCUCCUCCACUCCCACACUCCCCCUCUUCCAGCACAUCCGCCAAUACGUUACCGUUGCAAACGCACACAGCGGCCUCAAACGCCGUUGGCCCAGCACCCACAACAACAGCUGCCAUAGCAUCGGCGGCGGCGGCGGCGGCAGCAACAGCAGCAGCACAUCAACAUGCACAUUCACAGCACGCUGCGGUGGCGGCAGCGGCAGCUCAACAUCACCAUCACGCCCACCACCAUCCACAUGCGCACGCUCAUACGCACGCACACUCACACCCUCAUCAUCAUCAUCAUCCCCACCAUCAUGCCCAUCAUCAUGCCCACGCACAUGCGCACGCUGCUCAUGUGGCGGCGGCGGCGGCAACCAACGGUAGCGAGGCAUUACUCAACCACCAGCAACAACAACAAUUGGAGCGGCAGCAGCAACAACAAUUGGAUCAACUAGAACUACAGCAACUGAGCUACGCCAACCAAUUGCAAACACUACCAAACUGUAACUCCACAGCUUCAUCCAGCUCAUCACCCACAUGUCACUCACCCACCGGCGGUAGUGGCGCAGCUGGUGGUGGCGUCACAGGAGGAGCGACAAUUAAUUCCAGCAACAAUGCCGUCGUCAACCAAAUUACACUAUUGAAUGGCAGCAGCAGCAACAAUGGCAAUGAUACAGAAAUCGGUGUAGCAACCUCACCAACCGACACCGCUCCCGCCACCGCUACUAUUGUUGCUUCGAACAACGCCGCAGCCUAUCAUCAUCACCAUCAGUUGACAAUCAUAGCGCCAAUAGUAAUUACACCUGCAUCGAUGAUGAAUGGCGAAGCGGCGCUGCCACUGAAUACCGCACUUCAGCCCAUACAUGCCAAUGAAGCGCACAUUGCCUCAGCAACGACAACUGCAACAGCCGAUGUGGGUAGACACCAUCUGACGCAUCACCCAGUCGUUACACAACACCAUCCGGCGCAUUUACUAACGCACACGGCAGCUCUGGCUUAUGCGCCCGCUGCCGCCACGGCGACUUAUUUGAUAAGUGGCGCUGGAGGUGGUGGUGGUGUUGGUGGUGUUGGCACCACUUUGCUUGGUGGCAAUGGCAGUGGGAGUGGCAGUAUUAGUAAUGGCAUCAGUGAUCACAUAAUGGGGCAUGGCAAUCCCUUGUGCUCCUUCUCGGAGGUGACAAAUACCUUGUUGAAUCAAUAAGCCUUGAGCCUACACGGAGUAGACGAGUAGAGGUGGUUAAUUAUUUAUUCAUAAGCUAUUUUAAAUUUAUUUUUGCGAACCCUAUAUUUUUGGGAGAAUAUCCACAAUUUCAAAAACUAAAUAAACUUUAAAAGUAUUUGAA